AGCUGUAGUGCGUCCCCCACAGGCCAGACCUCAUACGGACCUGUACUCUGAGUUUGGCUGUAACGUAGCUCCGCUGUAGCUGCAGUGGUAGCCAGAAUACACACAUAACAAUCAUGGCGGAGAAUGAAACCCUGGAGUGUAUAACGGAGCACGAGCGGAUUUUACAGGAAAUUGAGAGCACCGACACGGCUUGUGUUGGUCCCACUCUUCGGUCUAUUUACGAUGACCAGCCCAACGCCCACAAGCGCUUCAUGGAAAAGCUGGAUGCCAGGAUAAGGAACCAUGACCGUGAGAUUGAGAAGAUGUGCAAUUUCCACCACCAAGGCUUUGUGGAUGCCAUCACAGAGCUCCUCAAAGUCCGUGCUGAUGCUGAGAAACUUAUGGGUCAAGUGACGGACACUGAUCGAAGACUACAAGAGGCUGGGAGGGAGGUGACGGCUCAGACAGAGGAGGUGAUUCGCUGUCGGAUCCAGCAGAGGAACAUGGCCACCACUGUAGAGAAGCUCCAGCUCUGUAUACCAGUGCUAGAAAUGUACAGCAAACUAAAGGAGCAGCUGGAGUCCAAAAGAUACUAUGCUGCGUUAAAAACCAUGGAGCAGCUGGAGAAGGUCUUCAUCCCCAGGGUGAGUCAGUACAGGUUCUGUCAGAUCAUGGCUGAAAACCUGCCCAGGCUAAGAGAGGAGAUCAAGGAGAUCUCCAUGUCAGACCUCAAGGACUUCCUGGAGAGCAUCAGAAAACACUCGGACAAGGUUGGAGAGACCGCCAUGAGACAGGCACAGCAGCACAGGACCUUUAACAGUGCCGUAGCCAAGCAGUCUAGUAUAGGCCACUACACCAAGCCUGUGUACUCUCUCAACGGACAAACACACACUCAAAACGGCCUGAUGAUCAACGACGACACAGGAGAUGAGGAGGAAGCUGAUGAAGAGAUUCUUACAGCUCAAGACCUGGUGGACUUCUCACCUGUCUACAGGUGUUUACACAUUUACACUGUGCUGGGGGAUCGAGAAACAUUUGAGAACUACUACAGGAAACAGAGGAAAAAACAGGCCCGGCUAGUACUGCAGCCACAGGCUAACAUGCAUGAGACUGUGGAAGGCUACAGAAGAUACUUCAAUCAGAUUGUAGGGUUCUUUGUUGUGGAGGACCAUAUCCUUCAUGCCACGCGAGGGCUGGUGACCAGAGCUUUCACUGAUGAACUGUGGAACAUGGCCCUAUCUAAGAUCAUCGCUGUGCUCCGCACGCACUCUUCAUACUGUGAUGACCCAGACCUGGUCCUGGAGCUGAAGAACCUCAUAGUCAUCUUCGCUGACACACUACAGGGUUAUGGUUUCCUAGUGAACCGGCUGUUUGACCUGCUGUUUGAGGUCAGAGACCAGUACAAUGAAACUCUGCUGAAGAAGUGGGCACUGGUUUUCAGGGAGAUCUUUGAGUUGGACAACUACAGUCCCAUCCCAGUGGAGACAGAGGAGGAAUAUAAACUGGUAGUCAGCCGCUUUCCCUUCCACGAUGCUGAGAUAGAGAAGCAGGACUUUCCAAAGAAGCUGCCAAUGUCCCAGUCUGUCCCUCAGAUCUACACACAGGUCAAAGAGUUAAUUUACGCCAGCCUCAAGUUCUCUGAGUCCUUACACCGGAGUUCAACAGAGAUUGAUGACAUGUUGCGGAAAUCAACCAACCUGCUGCUGACAAGAACACUCAGCAGCUGUCUGCAAAACCUCAUCAAGAAACCUCACAUAGGACUAACUGAGCUGGUGCAGAUCAUCAUUAACACCACCCACCUGGAGCAGGCCUGCAAGUAUCUGGAGGAGUUUAUAACAAACAUCACCAAUGUCUCCCCUGAAACAGUACACACCACAAGACUCUAUGGCUUGGCCACGUUCAAGGAUGCUCGUCACGCUGCUGAGGGAGAGAUUUAUACCAAACUCAACCAGAAGAUCGAUGAGUUCAUCCAGCUAGCAGACUAUGAAUGGGGUAUGGCUGAGUCAGACGGUCGUGCCUCUGGAUACCUCAUGGACCUGAUCAACUUCCUGCGUUCCACUUUCCAGGUCUUCACACACCUCCCGAAUAACAACAAUGACCAUGCGUCGAUGUCGGGUAAAGUGGCACAGACAGCUUGUAUGUCAGCCUGCAAGCAUCUGUCCACAUCACUGAUGCAGAUGCUGCUGGACACAGAACUCAAACAGAUCAGUAUGGGGGCCAUUCAACAAUUCAACUUAGAUGUCAUUCAGUGUGAAUUGUUUGCCAGUUCAGAACCGGUCCCUGGCUUUCAAGGAGACACACUCCAGCUGGCUUUCAUCGACCUACGACAGCUCCUGGAUCUGUUCAUGGUGUGGGACUGGUCAACUUACCUGGCAGACUAUGGCCAACCAACCAACAAAUACCUGAGAGUGAACCCAGCCACUGCCCUGGCUCUACUGGAGAAAGUCUACAGGGGGAUGAAGGACACCAGUAAGAAGAACAACAUCUUCUCUCAGUUCAGGAAGAACGACAGAGACAAACAGAAACUGAUAGAGACUGUGGUCAAACAGCUGAGGAGCCUGGUCAACGGCAUGUCCUCCUAAACACACACACACACACACACACACACACACACACACACACAGUAGUGAUGUGUGUCACAAAGAGAUGUAAAGAAUGAAACAUGCAUGCAGACACAUGCACACACUUAACUCCCAACACACUCGCAGAGGAAAGAGAUGUUCGCACAUGUAAUGAAGCGAUAACACACAACAUGGCAGUGGCAUACAGAAGAGCCGCACCGGGAAUUUACACACACACUUGUACAAACAAAAGGGACAGAUCGCUUACAUACCCACACAUCACAUAAAGGCACAGCAAUACAUACACUGUACAAAUCAUGCAGGGAGCAGACUCCUAGCAAAUACGACACACAUACACACACAGACACACAGAGCCAUAUCCCCUCCUUACUGUUAUACCUGAACGAAUACUCAAUGUAAAUAACACAUACUAAACAGUUUACUGUAUGCUUUACAGGAACGAACAGUAAAAUGUCUGUAAAGUAUUUUUAAUGGCUAUGAUAAGACAAACUAUGUUUUGUACUUUAGUGAGAGAGUAAUGAUUGUAGCUGCAGAGGGAGACUGGUACAGCAGGGGAAGUGGCACUCACAAGUACUGGAACAAUGAGCUCAAAGGUCAACACUUUCUGCCCCCAAGUAAAGAGGAUAAAACAUGUCCUUUAGUCCAAUCAGUAACCCAUGUUAUACAUUCAACAUGCUUACACUUCCAUUUUUGUCCUCCUUGGAUGAAUAUGGAAUGUAUAUUCUGGCAUUUCAAUCUAAAGAAUAACAAAAUAAUUGUUAAUCUACAGAGAUCAAGCUAUUGGUAAUCUACUGAUCAAGUUAUUCAGUUGAAACAAAAAAAAACUUUUCUUGUGUCCGAUGAAUGUCUGUAGAUAAAAUGAUGAUAGGCAAAAAAACUACACUAUAGGAUGUAGCUCAGUAUUCACCAAUCCAGCCAACAUCUCCACUUCAACCACUUGUGCAUCUGUUUGACAUUGGUCACAUGUUAAAAGCUGUAAA